AUGGCGGCAGCGAAGCCAACCAUCAAUGCUCACAUACCGAAGACGGACAUUGUCACCCGCCAUAAGGUGAUCCGCUUCGGUACGACGAGAAAGGCUCCCACAGAGCAAGAAGCCAAGCUCUAUGCCUACCUCCACCAGCGGGCCGACCUCAAGGUUUCUAGGGGGAGCAUCCCUGUCGGCUUCUACUCAUGCAUGUUCCUCGACGAGGGUCAACCCCUGUACUUGGAGACCCGCUUCGGAGGCAUUGAUGAUGAUGGCGAGCCUGUGGGACCUCAAUACCAGGUUAGUUGGAAAGCUGAGAAAGAGGU